AUGACUCUGAACGAAUCAUUGAGGAGGAGCCUGAGGAAUGCAGGAAAGAAGCCUGCCAAGUUCUAUGCUGAGGACGAUACGGAGGGGUUCAAUGCAAUGGAAAAGUAUCACAUGACAGCUCGCGGGAUUGUGUUUCUAGAGCAAAUCACAGUAGAGCUUCAACAAGGAGAGGAAAAUGCUCCGCUGGCGCGGUUCUGCACUUAUGAAGACAUCGAGGAUACUUCAGAGAGGAAUGACGACGAAACGAUUUACAUCUAUGAUGAUGAGGACCUCUACCGGCACUGUGAUGUGCAGUCAAAGCCGAACGGAAGGAAGUACACUGCGCUGAACAUCUUGUCGCCGAUGGUUCAAGCUGAGUACGAGAAGGUGGCGAGAAGGUUCAGAAAGACAGGAAGAGACGUGGUGGAAUGUAUGAACAUCGACGUGAAAGACUUGGAAAGGGGCGGGGAACACGACCUGAUGACAAUCCUGGAAAGGGUUCGUCAAUGCAGUAAGGGACUGGUGAAUCCGAAAAUCUGCGUGAAAGAGAUCUGCGAUGUCGACCAUCCAGCAUUCAAGUCGCAGAAUGUGCUGGGGGAGAGGGUGUUUGGGCUGUUUGCCAAGGAGGACAUAGCGCCGAUGGAAGUGCUGGGGGAGUACGUCGGGGAAGUGAUGAUCGAUGACAAUCCUGAUGAGGACAUUGCAAAGUUAGCAAAGGAGGCAAACUACGACCUGAACCUGAUGGAGUACUACGACGACUGCCCCCUCCCUCCCAUGUACAUCCGAGGGCGGAGGGUCGGGAAUGAGAUGACUUACGCAAACGACUUCCGCAACAUUGCAGAGCAGGCGAACGCUCGGUACCUUCAUGUGUGGAUCAACGGUUGGCCCAGCAUCGCCGUCCUCUCCUUGAGCUCCAUCCGCAGGGGUCAGGAGAUCGUCGUGGAUUACGGGAAGGACUUCUGGUCCACGCGCGAACGAGCUGAGAAGGAGGGAAAAUCUCCGACCCUGUCCACUCACACCACUCCCACGAGGAAGAGAGCUAGGAGCGAUAGUCUUGAUUCCAACAACCGGGAGGAGGAUUGUUCGCAAGUCUCUGUGCUGCAGGAGCUGCGAAGGGAUCAUAACACUGCUGCUAAGGUCUGGACCAGCAAAGUGACAAGGAGAGGGGAGGAGGCAGAGGAGGCGUACAGGAGGCGUGUAGAGCCGCUGCUGCAAAAGGCUGCAUGCGUGCUGAAGGUGCCAAGGGCAGCGGAUCGCUGCUUCCGAUCGCUCGUGAGGGAGGUGGAGGAAACGAUCCAGCAACUAUCACAGAAACUCUCGUCCUCCUCCGCUGACGUGCGGCAGCUCCAUGAGCAGCUGGUUCGGCAAUCGAAAAUUUACAUCUUGCGAUGA